UAUAAAAAUAAUACAAAAAAAUUGAAAAAUAGCUUAAAUAUUAUAAAAGGCAUAUCUGAUGAAUGAAUAAAUUAAAAAAUAUAAGCAUACUGGUUGAAUCUACGGAUCACGAUGGCUGACAAGAAAAAACAGCAGGCGGGGGGUGAUGCUCCCGAUAAGAAAAAGGGAAAAGGAAAGGAUGAACCGGAGGAACCGGAAGAGAUACCUAAGACCCCUUCACAGAUUGCACGAGAGGAGGCGGAAUACAGGGCAUAUUUACGUAAAAAUAGGUUUAAAAGAAGAUGGCCCGAAAUAUCGAAGCCGGAAAUCAAAACAAGACCGUGGAGGCCCCCUCCACCGCCUCAGAAAUUGCCUAGAGUUAUGAUUGAACUACCAGAACUAGAGACUCGCAAAUGGAUACCGCCAUACUUGCGACGGCGCCGACGAAGGCCGCGACGCUUGCGCAUACCGCGGGAAGAGAUUACUCAGCCGUUGUAUGAAUGUGCUAAGUUGAAAAAGAUCUGGCACAACUUUACACAAGUGGAGAAGAAUAAGAUGAUGCUUCAAGGCAGUAUUGGGUGCAACUCCAAGAAAUACUCUUCUACUGCUUGCGGUUCGCAAACUGCUUGCAUAGCAGUUGUAUGCCGAGCGCUAUUGGAAGAGAAGACACCGGCUGAAUUAAUAAGGAGAGAUGUGGAUGAAGUGAUAGAUGGCGGAGAUAGAUAUUAUAAACAGUGUAUGCUGGCCAUGAAGUGCUAUAAGGGCAAACCCCAGCUCCAACUGAACCAGCUCCUAACAUCACUGUACUUCCACGACACAAAGUAUACUGUAAAGAUGGUGGAAACUGAUCGGGGAUUGCUUGCGAAACACCCCGAUAAUAUUCAGGCGGAGGCUGAUUUGAUGGCACUUAUGGAAAAGCGAGUGGGUGGGACCUACAUGAUGAUUUUAUCUGCGGGGGACAAACAUUUUCUAAUAUGGGGUCAUCCGCCCCCACCCGAAGCUGGGAGUCAAGUGAGAACUGUCUGCUACAUAUUUGACCCACACAUGCUGAAUGAUACGGGGCAACCUGAUAAAUUGUUCGGCGCUGGUGCGUUUUUAAGAUACGCCGGUAUAACAUCUUUCGUAUUAGAUUUUCUCGCGAACUACGGUGAUUUGGACGCGGCAAAGAAAGGCACUCCAAAACCUCCUAUUACCUUGACUAGUAUUGAGGUGGUCCAAAAAGAGCCGCUGAUCCGGGAACCAGAUUAUGAACUAGAUCUCAAAGCGCUCAAGAUUCACUGUAGGAGUGAAUGGGAUAGUAUUAAUAUUAAUGCCCUGAUAGAGAAGAAGAUAAGAGAGGGCAAAUAUCCUCAGUGUUCCCUCAGCGCGGUGAGUCUAGCAACAUCCAGAGCAACUUCCCGGAAAAAAGUUCGAGACUUUUAUCAGAAACAGCCCAAAGAACCACCACCCCAACUACCGUUAGCCCCAGAAAAAGCACCCCCUGGUCCAACAAUAGACCAGUUAAUGCAGCUUCGUGGAGAAGAUUUCUUCCUCUAUUGCCCCAAAUCAGAUGGACAUGCAUAUGGAAGAGACGACAUGAUUCCACGUCCGAAGUCCGAGACAGUUCUUCAUAGCCCGGUGGAGAUUGCGGACCAGAACUACCACUCUCAGUACCAGCAAAUUGACGUUGAGAAGUGGCUGUUGAGAGGCACUAGACAUAUGGCCAGUUACAGAUACCAAACUUUCAAAACAUUCACGAGUAUCGCGUGUUGCGUAGCUGCUCUCGGUAUGUUGCGGCGGUAUCGCGCGCGGGCCUGGAACGAAGACAUACUGGAUGAGACUUUGGAUGUUGGGUGGAAUUUUUUCAGGGAAUCCCUACUAGAGAGAAGUGGACCGAUCAGAAGACUCGUGUUGGGUGAACUUAAAGAGACCUUCAGAAUACGAGAUACCGAAUAUAGCCAUAAGGACCGCGGAAUAGCAGUGUGGGGCAAAAUGAUAUCUACGGAUCCAAAAGUGUUGGAUCUCUGCCGGGGCCUGGAGAGUUUUUUCAAGGAGUGUGAUACUGGGGUUUUACAGAUUCCGGGUGAAGUUGAAGUAUCUAUUUGGAAUGAGGGUGGCAAAUAUUACUGCUACCAUCCAUGGCCGGCGGACAGAUUUGGAUAUAAGGUGGGUCUUCAAGAUGGCGGCAGAGCUUGUGUGCUAUACUUUAGUCGGGUUUCGCGUCUUUGCGAACACUUUUUGGACAGCAUGGCUGAUUUGAAGCGAAAACCAUUUAGCAUUGCAGAUGUGGUAGUGAGCGAACGACCAGAGAUGCCCGAGCCUGUUAAUAAACUUAAACCCGUAGCACCAAACAAAUGGGUGAUAAAGGGUAGAUUCCACGAGGCGGAUGUUCGUUUUCCUGAAGAACAUCGAGGUAAACAAGCAACUCCGGCUUCGAUAGCUGCUAUUGCCAUGGCUCAUGUCAUCGAACCGGCUGCCUGGACAGCAGAUGACGUUGAUGAGACGGUUAUCCGCGGUGAUAUCCUUUAUCAAAAUACUAUGGAACACUUAGAAAAGAUGGGUAUCAGUCUAGAAACACCUCAAGCUGAUGAAGAGGCUGGCGAAGAAGAAGAGACGGGGCCCACUGGAACCCUAGCAGCCGUGGAUGUGAUGAAUAGGUUUAAGAUAUCGGAGUACGACUGUAUCGAGACUGAGGUUCUGGAUAGUGUCUACAGUGGCGAGCUAAGUCCGCAAAUGGGUAGCGGAGUUAUAUCCCUCAAAGACUCCCUCAGACGACUAUUCAAGGAGCAUUCUCAUGCUGUGGUGACUGCCCGAGGUGGCUCCACGGCCAUUUGGCGACAUGAGGAUAGUUUCUACUUCUUUGAUCCUCAUGGAUGUGAUGACAAUGGAUAUCCAUCGGACGAACCUCGCGCAGCCGCCUGUCUCAUCCGUGUCAAGGGUACUACAGACGAUUUGGCAAACGUUAUACUUGGGAAUUUAGCUCCAGGGAAUGACGAUAGCUUCAAUAUCUCUCCUGUGGCUGUCACUGCUAGCAAAUUGAAUGCCGAGUUGGGCGCCCCGGAGACGAAACUUGAGAACAAGCAAUUUCAAUGGAUAGCGAAAGGAACAGCGGCCAUACUCAUGGGUCCUCGAGGGGAGAAUACUGCUAUAGGAAAACUCGCUGAAAAGGCUGGAAUUGGGGAGGAAGAUAUGGCAGGUCGAACGCUAGCCCUGCCGGCAGCGGCGGCUUUUGCUGCGGCUACCGAGUCAGUUCCGCCUCCGCAUAUGCAUCAAGAUCAUAUGUAUAAUUUCUUGGACGCGGGCACGGAGUACUACCUCAACUUUUACAAGAAGACUGGUAAGAAGGAACUGACGCCGGAAGAUUUGACUGAGAAGUUCGAAAUGGGCGCUAACACGUUCUCAAUAGAGUUGGGUGAAGCUAUAAGAUUGCCUUUGAGACUUCCUGAUGAACCAGCUGGGGAGGGCGAGGGUGAAGAAGAGCCAGAACCGGAUGAAAUUGGAGAGGGUGAAGAAGAAGAAGAAAAAGAACCACCAAUGAAACAAAUCAAAGACGCACUCUUCAAGAUGUGGUAUGAUGAGACGAAACCGACGUCUGUUUCUCUUUUGGUGGGUGAUUACCAUCAAAUGGGUGUAUGGAUGAGAGCUGGUGGAAAAGUGGUGGCGUUUGACCCAGCCCCUACUCUUACUAAAGGCAUACUGACGAGACAAAGGAUUACUAAAGGCGAUGAAUUGAGACUCCAACGCAUCAAAGAUGAAAUGGCAGGAGAAGGUGGUGAUGCUGCUGAAGAGGAGGAAGAUGAAGCAGGAGGAGAGGGCGAAGAAAAACCAGAGCCCGAGCCAGAAUUUGUUCCUCCUGAAUCCUGUCCUGCUCUAAUGGUGUUUGCCAGUCCGGGGGAGUUUAUUGAUAAAUUGACAAUCCAAGGCGGCCUUGACAGGAAGCAGUGUCUAGCGCCCUACAAGCUCUACCCAGUGAAAGUGACAAAUGAACUGACAUCCGUAUUGAAAGAGAAGAAAGCACCAGCCGCGAAGAAGGGAGAAGAUGAGGCUGCUGACGAGGAAGAGGGUGAAGAGCUUAUAGAAGCGUUGGAAGACGCUGCUCUUGGAAAGUAUUUCACGCGUUUGGGCCGCGCUGUUGGAUCCAUACGAGGUCGGGUUGCUCAGAAUGAGAAUUACUUUUUGGAUCAGCCGAAUAGAGAUAAUCAGGACGUAGGGAAUGCAGCAAUGGGCAUAGUAGUAGAUCACAUUGAGCCUUACAUCUAUUGGAAGCCGGCCGUUCUAGACAGUAUGCUAAAGUAUGGAGACCGUUUGUACAGCAUGUCUUUAUCAAGGGCCUCUCAUCCACCCAAAUUGACGCCGGGUGAACUGGUGCCCAACUUCCACGUCACUAGUUUUAAUGUAAAGUUGGAAGUAGAGAGCGAUGCGGUGACUGGCGACAUUAAGGCUGGAGAUACAGGCCCUGUGAUGGGUUUAAAGAAGGCUCUGUUGAAGUUUUUUGAAUCUUACAAGCACGGUAUCCUCUGCUGCAAGGACUACUGUGUCGCUAUCUGGCGUGGCGCUGAUGAUAAGUCGUUUUGUAUGUGGGAGCCCCACGCUGUUGGACCCCAGGGACGCGUGUCCCCGGGUGGGGCUUGUGCCCUUAUCGCAUAUUCUAUGGCCGACCAACUGGCCGAUACGUUUUCGUACAAUGUUGGAAGAUUGGCGAGACCUGGAUCUAAUAAGUUCAGUAUAUCACCUGUGAAAGUAUUCUGGGAACUGUCAAAAACCCCAGGAGCGGUCACUGCUCAAGGGGCCGUGCCAGAUGAAGGAUAUGAGUGGAAGGUAUUAACAGCUUAUGUGGAAACAGCGCGCGGAAGAACAAUAUUACGAGGAUCUCGUCCUCCUGAUUUGGUCAGGUUCACACGCGACGCUCUACUCCAAUCUGCGUGUGGAGCUAUAGUCGGUGCUUGUAUGUCCCACGUCCGUCGUCCUCACCUCUGGACGCGACGUACCGUUGACGAAAUCAUGGCGGUGGCGUGUCAGCUCUUCACUGCUUCAUUGGGGUCGCUGGGGUAUGAAUUUCGACCUGGAGAGGAUGUGUUGCUGCCUUUGCAAGUCCUAAAGAGAUUCGUGUUGGGUGUUAACUACGUGAGGUAUGACUUGCAACAAGUCUUUACUGGCAAGUUGGAGCAGAAAGAACCUACUGAGAUGACUGUCAGAUGUGCACUCGAGAGAUUCUUUGAAUCCCACACGCACGGUAUCCUAUGGUCAGUGCCUCAUGCAGUGGCAGUAUGGAGAGUGGUUGGAGCCCCAUCAUUUUACAUGAUGGAGCCUCACGCUUGUGGGCCUACGGGACUUAGGGUCGAUGCUCAGGAUGAUGGGGCGGCAUGCGUUCUAACAUUUACAUCUGCCAAAUUAAUGGCGUUUGCCUACCUCCAAAAUAUCCCAGUAGUAGAAAGACCGAAACACGAUUUCCAACUAUACGCGAUGGCUGCGGUGGUUCAGCCAAUCAAGAAGUUGGGCGGUGUGGAACCACCGUUGGUUAGAGCCCCACCUGGUGUUAGGCUGGUGCCGGCUACUAGUAAGGUGGAUAUUCAUGGAAGCAAGCGGCGUGCCUCUGAGUCCGAUAGGAAACACCCGCCUGGAAGUGCUACUUGCAUUGAUGCACAACGAGCCUCGGAGAAGAGAGACAAGCAAGAAGGAAAGCUCAAAGGUCAACGUAACACCAGCGGCUGGCUGGUCCUUCACGAUGGUACUCAGUUCUUAUCAGCUCAGCACUCAAUGAGCUGUAGGAAAUUCCCCUUCGCAUCUAGAGGGAAUCAGGGGUUGGCAUGUUCAGUAAUGGCAAUAGCGAUGUCCCGAGUGGAAGAUGUGUGUCGUUGGUGCUCGUCGACCUUGGACCAGAUCUUGGAGAGUGGUGACCAGCUCUACCAGGACAGCUAUUUGCACUACAGGCCUCAUAGCAAGAUAUUGCAUAUACAGCAGAUUCUACGCAAAUUCUAUACGCCCGGUAACUGCGUAUGCCGCGUGGUGGUGUACAGGGCCAGACAAAAGGGAAAAGUGGAUGAUGACCUGGUGGAACAGGUAUCAGAAUUCUUCCGGGAAGAGAGAUCGGGUGUGUUUUUAGCUGGACGGGGUGACUUUGCUGUGGCGCUUUUCAGGACACCCAGAGGUUACUAUAUGUUUGAUCCGGCGGAUAGAGACAGAUACGGGCGCGCUGUAGCCCCACCGUGCACAGGCAGAGCCAGGGCAUGCUUUUCACAAUACCCCAAUGUCACAACGUUAUGCGAGAAACUAGGACCCAACAUACCGCCAGUCACUGGAGUAAAGGCGGAUAACGAUUCCUCUAAAGAUGUUAAGGUACUUGCGGACAAGACUCCAAGGGAAUCCAAGGAUGAAUCUAAAGAAGAAAAAGAGGUUCACUUCGAAGAGCCGGCUGCAUUUGCCAUAUAUGGGAUGGAUGUGACCAGCCUCCGUAGAUUGAACCAGCAUGAGAGAUAAAAAACAUUGUUCAUAUACAACGCUACCUGUCUAGUCUAAAGUAAUAUAGUACUGGAUACUAUGGAUUUUUUAUAUAUUUAAUUUAACGGCUUCUAGAUGAUAACUCGAUAGCCAAUCAGUCACCUCUAUAUGCCUUGAAUUUUAUCAACUGUGUCAAUUUUGUAUAGUGGCAUCUAGUGUCAAAUUGCUUAAGUUGAUGAAUGUCUUGUCAUAGGUGUUUUUAAUUUCACGCCAUCUAGCGUUAAACAUUAUUGUAGCUUUUACAUAUAUAAAUGAAAAUGUAGAUGGCGUUGUAUAUAAUAAUUGCCGUAAACAUGUUCUGUUUUUUGUAAAGUCCACAUCGCGUAAUAGCGAAAUUAAAGUUUAAAAACAAA